AGCUAUUGUUGAGUCUAUAUAAACUGUUGUAAUGAAGGAGCCGACUCAUUCGUAUCACGUAGCCCUACGUUGAUAAGGAUGAAGAGUUCUGUAAUUGUCAUGUUUGGGCAAACCCUUUCUCUGGGAUUGAUUGUGCUCUGUCUUUCUAUUGCUUUGCAAGAGUCUGCAGAUGGCCUUCUACAGAGACCUGGUCCUACGGGGCCAGAGAACGGUGGUAAGGUUGGGAUUGGGGAUUUAUCUGAUGCAGGCAAUGCUACUAAUUCUGUUAAAUGUAUGCUUCGAGGCAAUCCUCGGCCCACUGCAUUCACACUGGAAGGUGACUACCUUAUUGGAGGUGUUUUUUCGAUACAUAACUACAUCAAAACAGUGAAUCAUAACUACACCAGCCUACCAGAGCCUCUAGAAUGUACAGGGAGGUGAGUUAGAGGGGAAAAAUUGUGCACUGGUAAAAAUGGAUUUGUUGUGGAACACAUAUUUUUAUUAUAUAAAUAUUAUCAAAAAAAAAAUAAUGUGUUAUCAGAUCAGUAAAGAAAAUCUGCAGCUGCAUUAACAUUGAUUUAAACGUUUAACAGCUAAAUGUCAUGAAUGUAUGUGCCCAUCUCUUUGCAGCAUGGACACGCGUGAAUUGCGCUUUGCGCGUGCUAUGGUCUUCGCCAUCGAAGAAAUUAACAACAGCUCGGAGCUUCUGCCGGGCAUUACACUCGGUUACCAAAUCCAUGACUCCUGUGCCUCGGUACCCGUAGCUGUCCAGGUGGCAUUUCAGCUCGCAAAUGGCUUGCAGCAGUUGUAUGACUCAAACAAAGUGUGUUCACGAUCUGGUAGGGUAACGGCUGUAGUUGGUGAGUCUGGAUCCACGCCAACUAUGAGCAUUUCGCGAAUCAUCGGGCCCUUUGACAUUCCACAAGUGAGUCACUUUGCUACAUGCGCAUGUUUGUCUGACAAGAGGCAAUUCCCAACAUUCUUUCGAACCAUCCCCAGUGACCAGUUCCAGGCAGAGGCUCUUGCCAAACUCGUGAAACAUUUUGGUUGGACUUGGAUUGGCGCUGUCCGGUCUAGAUCAGACUAUGGUAACAAUGGGAUGGCGUCCUUUCUACGAGCAGCGUACGAAGAGGGUAUAUGUGUUGAAUACUCUGAAUCUUUCUAUCGUACUGAUCCACAGAACAAGAUUCAACAAGUUGCUGACGUUAUCCGCAGGUUUAUGGGUUGAUUAUUCAUAUUGUAAUCAUAACAACAUCAACGUUAAUGAA